AGUUCAUUUUCCACAGAACUGUUUAUAGUCAUUGUUGGCAUGCUGUGCGCUCUGGUGCAAAACAAUAAAAAGAGAAAAUCAGGACCCUUCACAUAAGGCAUUUUAAGGAACAAAUGAAACAAAAUGAAAAAUGAUUCAAAUUGUACCAAUGAUACUGGUUUCCAGUACACCCUGUACUCCACCACUUACAUUCUGGUUUUCAUUCCUGGACUCCUGGCCAACAGUGUGGCCCUUUGGGUUCUCUGCGGUUAUACUAAUAAGAAGAACAAAGCCAUUAUUUUUAUGAUAAAUCUGGCAGUGGCAGAUCUAGCUCAUGUUUUGUCACUGCCACUGAGGAUUUACUACUAUUUAAUUAAUGUCUGGCCAUUUACAAACUUCCUAUGCCUGUUUUGUUUCUAUCUUAAGUAUCUCAAUAUGUACGCCAGUAUUAUGUUUUUAAUGCUCAUUAGCAUCCAACGCUGCAUGUUCACCAUUAACCCUUUCAAAGCAAAGGACUGGAAGCGUAGAUAUGACAUUGCCAUAAGUUGUCUUGUAUGGGUGGUCAUCGGGGCUUCUUGUUUACCCUUUCCAAUCAUUAGAAGUUACGGGCUAAGUAACACAAGCGUGGCCUGUUUUGCUGACCUGGGAAUGAAUAACAAAAUGGCACAUGGUCCAGCACUGACUAUGAUCACAGCAGCAGAGUUAGGUGGAUUUGUUAUACCUGUGAUAAUUAUUACAUACUGUACUCUUAAAACCAGAUCUCAGCUUAAAAAUGACUCUCUGCAACUCCAAAAUGUUAGUGAAAAACGGAAAGCUCUCAGGAUGGUUUUAACGUGUGCUGCUGUAUUUUUCAUCUGUUUUGCCCCAUACCACAUCAAUUUCUUUUUUUAUAUGCUGGUGAAUUGGAGUAUCAUCAAAAACUGUUCUGUGCAAAAGGUCAUUCUGACAUUCCAUCCUUUCUCAUUGUGUCUCGCAAGCAUUAACUGUUGUUUAGAUCCAAUACUUUACUACUUCAGUGCUUCAGAGUUCAAAAAUGAAGUUGUCCGACACGGGUCCACGAUGAUACGUGUACGUCUAAUGAGUAGAGAGAGUGCCUCGUCUUUUAGGUCAUAGCAAAAAGCCAAAAAGUCAUUGGUUAUUAGAUGUUUUGGUUUGACUUUUUGACUUUAUGUUUUACAUUGUCAGUUAGGCCAAAAUAGAAAGUGUGUGUGUGUGUGUAGGUACCAUAAAAAUAAAAA